UAGUAAUUCAUUCAAUAGUAUUUUCUAGUUAGAAUUAGAAGUGUUUAAAGUGUAUUCAUUGCAUGUAAAAUAUAUCGGCAUGCGAUGACGUCACAUCCGGUUUCGCCGCGUCUUGUGGGAAAACACCGGUUUGAAAUUAGCGCGAGGGUGGGGGCUUUCCACGAGGCUCACCUGAGCACAAGCAGUUUUGCAGGCAUGAGAAAUCACAGUGAGAGCAACGCUGUAAGUUAAUAGAUAAUCGAUAUAUUGAACUAAGAUGUUAAUGCUGAUCCUGUUACAGUUUUCACCAUAUGUUAAUGUGAAGAGUGAACAGUAAAUGGUUAAUCUUACUGCGAUCUGGUUCUUAUUAACUGUGGUUUAUCCGGACGUUAAAUUCGGCGUUUCGUUACACCCGAAGGAGAACGUGACAGUGAAAAAGCGGCAUUAUCAGGUGUUUCAAGUGCUGCAAUGUCAGCUCAAUCCAGCAUCAAGUCGACGCCGCCCAGCGACAAGGGCAGUAAACCGACAUCAAGUAAGCCCACCCAGGCGUUAUCAGGUGUUCCAAGUGCUGCAGUGUCAGCUCGAUCCGGGAUCAAGUCGAUGGCGCCCAGCGACAAGGGCAGUAGAACGACAUCAAGUAAGUCCGCACAGGCAAGAGCCAAGGCAGAAGCCGCCAAGGUGCGACUGCAUUACGCCAAACAAGAGGCAGUUUUGAAAAUGAAACUGGCCACCAAAGAAGCCGAAAGGGCCGCCAGACAAAGAGAAGAGGCUGCCAGAGAAAAAGAAAAGGCUGCCAGAGAAGCCGAAAUCCAGAAAGAAAGGGCCGCCAGAGAAGCCGAAAUCCAGAAAGAAAGGGCCGCCAGAGAAGCCGAAAUCCAGAAGGAAAAGGCCGCCAGACAAAGGAAAGCGGCCGCCCGAGAAGCCGAAAUCCAGUUGGAAAUGGCAAAAAUAUCGACAGAGUUGCAAGUGCUGCAGCUAGAAAGAGAAGAAGCUGCUGCCAUGGCGGAAGCAAAGUACAUAGAAGAAGCUGAAGGGUCGCGUGAUCUGACCGCAGCAAGAUCUACUUUAGAAAGGACCAGACUGGAACGCACAAGCGACUAUGUACAAUCUCAAAUAGACAGGCAGGCUCGUCUCCCCUCUCCAUACGUAUUCGAUAACUUCCCCAGCUACGAGGAACCUCAGAGAGUCACGAUUGCAUCACAUCCAUACGAGGAAGGAAAUUUACCCUCACGGCUCCGUGAUGAAGUCAAGAAUGAAAGAACCGACAACGCUCCUUCACCCCCACAACAGGACGGCGGGGAGGGAGAGGUUCACUCCAGGACAACAAUUGUCAGCUCGAACUGUACAGAAGUUUGCGGUCAAACUCAGUCAAGCCGUUCUUGUUCCGAGAUCUGCCUCACUGAGGUGUACCCUAAAGAAGCACAACAAGACAUUACCAAGCGUAAAGUAACCGACGAGACGCUAGGUCAGUCAGUUUUCGUUCAAACCGAGGACGGAAACAAACUUGCACAAUCAGCUCAAGAUACCAUUUCUUUAAAACCCAAAGACACCAAGGUCUUCAGAGAUGAAGCAAAUAAUGGGGUUGCCCCAUUGCCAAUCAGAGAACCACGCCAGCGCUCACCAGAUAACAAAGAGCAGGCAGUCAAACGGUUCACGUCCUUACGGAAAACCUGGAAAAGGAAACCUGAGAUACAGCAACGCACCCGAUUGGCCCACGAGGUACUGUGCACCCUAAUGGCAGAGGUCACAGCCAUUAUAAACGCACAAUCAUUCCUACCUGUGUCUUCUGACCCAGAAAACCCCUUUAUACUUUCGCCAUCAACACUCCUUACGCAGAAGGCAGGAGCACCUCCGCCACCAGGAGACUUUUCAGACAAAAAGCAAUGGAGACAAGACCAGGCUCUGGCAAAUCAGUUCUGGUCCCGCUGGAGACAAAAAUAUCUACCUUUGUUGCAACAGAGACAAAAGUGGACAGAACCCCGAAGGAAUCUUCAAGUUGAAGACUUAGUCCUGCUCAGGGACAAGCAAGCCACCCGCAACAGCUGGCCAAUGGCCAGAAUCACUGCUACAUUCCCUAUCGGGGAUGGACAUGUCAGGAAGAUCGAAUUGAAGACUACCGACCAAGGCGAUGUGAAAAUUUACCAAGGGCCAGUUACAGAAGUUAUUCUACUUCUACCCAAUGACUGAUUAAGAGACUAAGUUUUGUACUCUGCUCAUUGUGACCUUACGAAGGUCAAGCGGGGAGUGUGCUGUCUUUACGACAGUUAUUUAGUUUAUAAUAUUUUCGCUUAGUAAUUCAUUCAAUAGUAUUUUCUAGUUAGAAUUAGAAGUGUUUAAAGUGUAUUCAUUGCAUGUAAAAUAUAUCGGCAUGCGAUGACGUCACAUCCGGUUUCGCCGCGUCUUGUGGGAAAACACCGGUUUGAAAUUAGCGCGAGGGUGGGGGCUUUCCACGAGGCUCACCUGAGCACAAGCAGUUUUGCAGGCAUGAGAAAUCACAGUGAGAGCAACGCUGUAAGUUAAUAGAUAAUCGAUAUAUUGAACUAAGAUGUUAAUGCUGAUCCUGUUACAGUUUUCACCAUAUGUUAAUGU